AUGACGAAAAUUAAUGGAGAAAAAAUGAGACUUUCCAAUGGCCAAGAGCCAUAUGGUAUUGAUUUAGAGUCUAAAAAUGAAGUAGACAUGCAGUUCAGAGAAGACAAAAUAAGAAUCAAGAUCCAUUGGGUACCUCUAGUUCUUAAUUUUCCACAUAGAGUUCAAAUUGGAAGUACCAUUCAAGCGAAUCCCAUUGUUGAACAAUUGAAGAAAUUGGCUGAAAAGAUAGAUUUGAGAACAACGCAAGAUCCUGGAAAAGCCACACAUUACAUUGCUGCUAAUGACAGUCCUACGUAUGGACUACGCAUAUCUUUGCUGCGAGGAAUUUCGGUAGUAAAUGAAAAGUGGAUUGAUUUUGUAUUGCAAAACCAGGACAACUAUGAACUGUGGUUCCACAUCGAUACUCCUGACUUAUUACCAAGUAGCACAAAGGAGCAGUUUUAUCUCUUCUCUAACCCGAAAAGAGGUGUACUUCUUCACAAUUGUGUCGUUCUCGUUCUUGAAUCUCCAACUGCGAAACUCGAAACCAUAGUGAACUCAAUAGGUGGAACAGUACACUUUAUCGAUGUUACUGAUUUGAAUCCAGAAGACACCAGUGCAUUCUUCAGCCGGUUGGAACUGCAGAAGGAUACGUGGGGCCAAUCGACUACCUAUCUUUUGCAUCCAAAAGCCAGAGAUGGUCUUUCGGCCAUUUCAGAUUUAACCGACUUCAAAACCAUUACUUUGGAUGACCUUUUCGAGAGUGUUUGCAAUUGUUCAACUCUGAACCUACACCAAUUUGAAUUAAGAAAAGAUGUGAAACGAAAAGCUGACACCCAAGUGAGCCAGUCCAAGCGAAGACGGGUAAAGAAAAUCAGCAAAACAGAGUUUUUUAAUUUUUCAUCUGCACCUCCACAAAUAGAGCGGUCAAGCACUAAAACCCAGGCUCCAACUCUGGUUGAGAACGACGAACAAAACCAAGAGGAAAAAGAAUCCAAUGGGAUUGAGCUAUCUUCUCAAAAACCGCCAGAAGACAAUACUACAAUGAUGAUGUCUGAUGAAGACUCUGUCCAUGAAGCCCCAGAACCCGCACAACCAACAACAUCCCACACCGAAAACAAGCCGGUACAACCAACACCUGAGUAUGAGAAAAUUGGAAAGUUUAUGCCUCAAGUUAGCUUUCACGAAGCUGUUAAAAGAACAAAGGAGAAACAGACCGAGUCUAUCAAGAAGGACUUGGGCCUCGAUUCCAUUGAAGACGAUAUUUCCCUGCAAUUGGUAGACCUUGCAGUUGUAGAAUACGUACCUUUGAUCAGGCCCAAAGCGAGAGGUACACAGGCACCACCAACCGACUACUCGGGUAGGAAAAAUUUUAAAAACUUCAAAAAGGUUGCUCUGAAUGUUAGAGUCCGUCUGAAAGUGGAACUUGUUUCAGCAACGACAAUUACAGAAAAGCACCAGAUGACUAUUGAUUACAAUAGUAUACCGGAAGUUGCAAACUUUGCAGGUGAGAUGCCACCAGUAAAGGGAGUAGAACCACGAGGAAUUUUGGACCAAUACUACAUGGAGGAAGAUGCUCCUCUGUUUUCAUUCCGUAAUCAAGAGCCUGAACCCAAUAAUUCUCUUUUUGUGAGUGAGGACGACUCACAGGUUCAAGCUACAAAUACGAAUUUUGCAACUGCCUCGAAAAAAAUUGAGGAUGAUGACGAUGACGACGACGACCAGCCGAGAUUUGCAUUUCGGCGCAACUAA